UUUCUAGCCAAUCUGAGGCGAGGGGGCGAUAUCUCCCUUUUAUAAAUGGAACCGUUUGGACACUUUGGAGGAAAAGAAUGAAAGAAAAGCAUUUGGGAUUACAUAGAACAUUUACAGAAGGCUGUACCCGGCUUUUAAUCCUAAUUCCUUACUUGAUAUAAGGUUUUCCAGGCGCUCAGUGAAAAUGGCCACGUCAGAGAGUGCCAGCUUGAGUAAAACUGUGAAGCAGCAGUAUAUGGAUCUUCCUCAGGGAGACAAGGUCCAGGCCAUGUACAUCUGGAUAGAUGGGACUGGAGAGGGGCUCCGCUGCAAGACCACAACUCUGGAUUCUGAACCCAAGACCAUUGAAGAUCUCCCAGAGUGGAACUUUGAUGGUUCCAGUACGUACCAGUCGGAGGGCUCUAACAGCGAUAUGUACCUUAUCCCUGCUGCCAUGUUCAGAGACCCCUUCAGGAAAGACCCCAACAAACUGGUCCUGUGUGAAGUGCUCAAAUACAACCGCAAGCCUACAGAAACUAACCUCAGGCUAACGUGUAAGAAGAUCAUGGAGAUGGUAGAGAACCAGGUGCCGUGGUUCGGCAUGGAACAGGAGUAUACCAUCCUGGGAACAGAUGGACAUCCCUUUGGCUGGCCUUCCAACGGCUUCCCUGGUCCACAAGGGCCCUACUACUGUGGAGUGGGAGCAGACAAGGCGUACGGUAGAGACAUCGUAGAAGCCCACUAUAGAGCCUGUCUUUAUGCUGGGGUUCAGAUCUGUGGCACCAAUGCUGAAGUCAUGCCAGCUCAGUGGGAGUUCCAGGUUGGGCCAUGCGAAGGUAUCAACAUGGGUGACCAUCUCUGGGCAGCUCGGUUCAUCCUCCACCGGGUGUGUGAGGACUUUGGCGUGGUGGCCUCAUUCGACCCCAAGCCCAUCUCUGGGAAUUGGAACGGCGCUGGCUGCCAUACAAACUUCAGCACCAAGGAGAUGAGAGAAGAUGGUGGAUUGAGGGGCAUCGAAGAUUCGAUCGAGAAGUUGGGAAAGAGACACCGCUACCACAUCCGUGCCUACGACCCCAAAGGGGGGCUGGACAACGCUCGGCGCUUGACCGGUCACCACGAAACGUCCAACAUCCACGAGUUCUCAGCCGGUGUGGCGAACCGCGGCGCCAGCAUCCGCAUCCCCCGGUCAGUGGGUCAGGACAAGAAGGGCUACUUCGAAGACCGCCGCCCGUCUGCUAACUGCGACCCGUAUGCAGUCACGGAAGCUCUGAUACGCACAUGUUUGCUCAGCGAAGAGGGGGAGGAGCCUAAAGAAUACAGCAAAUGAACUAGAUACUCCUUUGGACUGAAAUAAUCCCCCUCCUUUCCUAUUGAGCUACAUCUCAAGUGUCAUUCCAAGUACUAUUUUGUCUGUGGCUUUGUAAACCCCUUGCAUAUUGCAAGUGUUGACCAUCCAUGCAUGGCUUGCUUUUUAACCCUUUUUAAUGGGAGAAUCUUCGGCAAAUUCUGCAGUGUGUGUUAAGGGUAGAGUAGUCCCCUACGUUUUGAUCACUGCCUACAUUGCCCUUUAAUUGAUGCUAUGGACUAAACGAUUCCAGACAGAUGUCUGUCGAGGAGGGUGAAAUAUUUUUUAUGUAUAGGUCUAUUUCUAGUUUUUAUGUGUAUAAUUUUGCUACUCAUAAUUGUUUAACAUGAUUUACUAACCAAGAUGCUCUAGAUGUAUGAAUAUGUAAGGUGUGUGUGUGUGUGUGGGGUCCGUAUUCUAAAAGGGUCCAAGUUGCAUGUGUGUUUUUAUAGAUGUGGAUCCCCAUAGUCUAUCAUUAGUAGAAGUUGUAUGCAGUUAAGGAUUUGUAUACUGUUAUAAUGGCCAGCUAUGGAACUUGUUUCUGUUAUAUUGCAAGUGACAGAACCGGUCUUCUUUUUUGUAACAUUAAAAAAUGAUCUAAUUUUACCAUAA